AUGGUUGGGGUUCCAAUCUCAGAGGACACAAGCACGAGCGGACCAGCCUCUGCAACCUCCACCAAUGGCGGGGACAUGACAGCCACAACCACCAUGAAGCCAGCCACACAGCCCGCUUCCUCGGUGUUACCCACGACCACCCCGCCCCCUCCCACACAGCCCGCUUCCUCGGUGUUACCCACGACCACCCCGCCCCCUCCCUCCCAGACAAUGAUGACACAGACGAUGUCCUCACAACCUCCAACCACGCCCUUCACGGAGCAGCCCCCGACGACAACGGCCAAGAUGAGCACUCAGCCAAUCACAACGCGUCCUCCCACGACCACGCCGUCCAGGGAGGGAACAACGUCCAGCCCACCGCCGGCCCCACAGACAACAUCUCCCGGGGGCUGCGCCGGACAGAAGGCUGACGUCAUAUUCCUGCUGGACGCCAGUUCCAGUGAGGGGUCCACCAACUUCCGGAAACAGCUGGACUACAUUACGUCACUGGUGGGAUCUCUAGACGUGAGCCAGGACCACAUACGG